UAUCUGUGCAUUUCAGAAUUAAACAAGAACCCAGUUGAAGGCUUCUCAGCCGGUUUGAUUGAUGAAAAUGACAUAUUUCGAUGGGAAGUACUUAUAAUUGGUCCUCCAGAUACAUUAUAUGAAGGUGGAUUCUUUAAAGCUCAUUUAUACUUCCCAAAAGAGUAUCCAUUGCGUCCACCACGUAUGAAGUUCGUAACAGAAAUUUGGCAUCCUAAUAUUGAAAAAAAUGGUGAUGUAUGCAUUUCGAUUCUACAUGAACCUGGUGAUGAUAAAUGGGGAUAUGAAAAGGCUUCAGAACGUUGGUUACCUGUUCAUACAGUUGAGACCAUUUUGAUAUCAGUGAUAUCGAUGCUCGCCGAUCCAAAUGAUGAGUCACCAGCUAAUGUAGAUGCUGCCAAGGAAUGGAGAGAAGCGUAUCCAGAUUUUAAGAGAAAAGUUGCACGUUGUGUCAGAAAGAGUCAGGAAGAAUGCUCGUAGAACUCGCCGUCGCCUGUAUUUGUAUAUUUAUAUUAAAAAUUUGAUACCAACAUCAAAAACAAAAAAAAAAGAAAAAUCAUAAUGAAAAACAAAACACUGAAACUUAAAAAGCAAGCAAAACUUUAUAGUUUGUUCAACUUACGCGUCGUCAAAAAGCUGCAUUUGCAAAAGGAAAAAAUAUAAAAAUUAAACUCUUCAAAUGCAUAUUUAUUUCUCUAAAUUGUCAAAGAGUUUAUUAAUAUUAUCUUUGCCUAAACCAAGAUUCCGAAAUUAUGAAAACUACAUUACCAAUUUAGGAAAUAUUCAAUAACACCAAUUUCAAUAAAUCCGUUUUUAAAUUCUUUAAACUGAA